AUGAACCUUCAGCAAGUUGUCCUGAGUCUAGGCGUGUUUACGACCCUCCUGAGGGAUCACUGCUAUGCUGAUGAGGACACGGAACAUGUUCACAUCAAGCUGCACGUCCCGGAAAUUAUCAACCGGCACGUCCACAUGAAGACAAAGUACAUGCACGUGUACCACCCGAAGAAGGUCGUUCAGGAGAUGCCUCCAGCUUUGAUGGAACAGCAUGCGCUGCCAAUGGACCCCGGCAUGUGGAUGCCGUCUGCUGGCGUGCCUUCGCCAAUGGCCUCUGCUACUUCGUCGGCGAUGGCUGCUGCGGCCGCCGCUUCGUUGUCUUCGAUGGUGCAGGACAAACUGUCUUCGCAGCUUGCCCAGGAGCUCAUGAUGCGCUAUCGCAAUCUGGACACUCCGGCCGUCGGUGGUUCGACGGGAGAUUCGACCGAUUACCUCCGGGAGUUCUACCGCCAGCAGAAGAAGCUGUCCGAUCAACUUAUGCUGCAGGAUGCAAUGCAGCUGCCAAAUUUCGCCCAAACGAAGUACCUGUCCAAUAUAGGCUACAAUUGGGAUAAGUCGUUCGGUGUCAAGUCGUCCGAUGCUGAGCCGUUGUUGCCACCACCAAAAAAAUCGAAAAAGAAGAAGGCAUAUGGAGUUCUGUAA